CCUGUGUGAGAAUCAUUAGGAUACUGCACUGAGCACAGAACUGUCUUACAUCCUGCCAUCUGCAUUCUUCCAGAAAAGAACAGGUCUCCUUUCAACCUGUUUUUUAAUUAGCAUAUUUCUCUUGAACUGAAGAACAAAUGGGAUCUGAAAUGAAUUUAAUAGGACAUCACCAGCUAGCCACUGCUGAUGGAUUUUCUCUUGCUGAAGUUCCUCACUUAUUUGGUGUCCUUUCAGAGCCAAUGAGUUCUCCAGUGCAAGAGGCAGAUGUGUCACCUUACACACAGUACAACAAUGUGCCAUUUCCUCAAGUUCAGCCACAGAUUUCAUCGCCACCUUAUUACUCCAACCUCGGCUUCUACCCUCCACAGCAUGAGGAAUGGUAUUCCCCUGGGAUGUAUGAGCUCAGGAGAAUACCCUCAGAGACCUUUUUCACAAGGGAGACAGAGAUAAUGGAUAUCCCUGUGGCCAAAAAGCCUAGACUGGGUCAUUCCACAGGAAGAGUGAAAGGAGAAGAGCUCUGUGUGGUCUGCGGUGACAAAGCCUCUGGGUACCACUACAAUGCUCUUACUUGUGAAGGAUGCAAAGGGUUCUUCAGAAGAAGCAUCACAAAAAAUGCAGUAUACAAGUGUAAAAAUGGAGGCAACUGCGAGAUGGACAUGUACAUGAGGAGAAAAUGCCAGGAGUGCCGCCUAAGGAAAUGCAAGCAAAUGGGCAUGUUGGCUGAAUGUCUGUUAACAGAAAUACAAUGCAAGUCAAAAAGGCUACGGAAAAAUGUGAAACAGCCCCCGGAUCAAACAGCCAAUGAAGAUAAUGAAGGUCAUGACAUGAAACAAGUGACAUCUACAACUAAAAUAUAUAGGGAGAAAGUAGAGCUUACCCCAGAACAGCAGAACCUUCUUGAUUACAUAAGGGAUUCAUACAGUAAACAACAAAUACCACAGGAGGUGUCAAAAAAACUAUUACACGAGGAAUUCAGUGCUGAAGGAAAUUUUCUGAUUUUAACAGAAAUGGCUACCAGUCACGUGCAGGUUCUUGUGGAAUUCACUAAAAAGCUACCAGGCUUCCAAACCCUUGAUCAUGAAGACCAGAUUGCUUUGCUGAAGGGCUCAGCAGUAGAAGCCAUGUUCCUCCGUUCAGCUGAGAUCUUCAGUAGGAAACUUCCUACAGGACAUACUGUCCUUUUAGAAGAAAGAAUUCGCAAUAGUGGUAUCUCAGAUGAAUUCAUUACUCCCAUGUUUAAUUUCUACAAAAGCAUUGGAGAGCUGAAGAUGACACAGGAAGAAUACGCACUGCUCACAGCCAUAGUUAUCCUGUCUCCAGAUCGCCAGUACAUAAAGGACAGAGAGUCUGUGGAAAGGCUUCAAGAGCCCCUGCUGGAUAUUCUACAAAAAGUCUGCAAACUUCACCACCCAGAAAACCCUCAACACUUUGCAUGCCUUCUGGGCCGUCUUACAGAACUACGGACAUUCAACCAUCAUCAUGCAGAGAUGCUGAUGUCAUGGAGAGUGAACGAUCACAAAUUCACACCUCUUCUCUGUGAGAUCUGGGAUGUGCAGUGAUGGAUACUUCCUUGUUUUAUUUUAGGAGAAAUAACCUUUUUAAAGGACCACAUAACAUUUAUUUUCACAGAAAAAUAUCCCACAGUGCAUUACAUUUUUCUUCACUGCAUUUUUAUAGAAAGAUGCCAUGGAUUCAUAAAAGUCAUUUUGGUCACUACACACAGAAUAUUGCACAGCUAGCAGAUCUUCUCACGUGGCUAUAACUUUCUCUGUAUUUAUGUUCUCUGAUCAGA